AGAAAAUUGGUCGAGCGAACAACGCGACAACGAGGCAGCGGAAGCGAGUAAGCGAGUCGGGAGACCAGCGGUACUAAAGAGCAAGCGUUCCAGGAGCGAAAGACGAGGCCACCGAGACUCAGACGUCGCGGGUGUAAAGUUACUGAAUAACCAACAGAAACUAUCGAACGAUCGUGGUAUCAUAGUGCCUGAAUCGGAAUCUGAAUUAUCCAAUAAUUUCGAGUGACAUUCGCCACAAAUCAAUCGAUCGUUCGAUUCGAGUCGAUUUGAUUCGAUUCGAAACCUGAUUUGUAGAGUUCGUUUCUGCCAGUGUGUGUGUGCAUGUAAGCCAUGGGUUCUAUGCGAGCGAGCGAGAUAGAGCGAGAACACUGAUUCAAUUCAAUUCGAUUCGAUUUGAUUUGAUUCGAAUUCAAUUACAAAAUUCAUUGAGUGUCAAUUACAACCGCAAAAACAAAAACCGCACGCACAAAACCAAUCGAACCAGGAGUUGAUCCCGAGUUUCCGAUACUCCGUGAGAUUACGAGAUUUCGAGAUCCCAAAAGAUCCCAAAGCCAGAGGGCCGAAAAAGCCAUAAAUCAUGCCAACGACAUUGAUGUUGCUGCCGUGCAUGUUGCCGUUGCUGCUGCUGACCGCCGUUGCCGUCGUUGCUGUCGGCGGCACGCGACUGCCGCUCGAGGUGUUCGAGAUCACGCCGACAACGUCCACGGCGGACAAGCACAAGAGUCUGGAGUACACCGUCUACGAUGCCAAAGAUAUGACAGUAGCAACAGCAGGAGCAGCAGCCACCAGUACAGUGAAACCCGCCGCCGAGCAACUGACCGUGGUCAGUAUUUCCACGGCGGCGGUGGAAAAGGAUCUCGCCGAAUCGCGGCGACACGCGCGACAAAUGUUGCAGAAACAGCAGCAACAUCGCAACAUCAACAAGCACGGCGAACGGGAUCUGCGAAUCCUUUACCAAGUGGGGGACUCUGAGGAGGAUUUACCCAUUUGUGCACCAAAUGCCGUUUGCUCCAAGAUUGAUCUAUACGAAACCCCGUGGAUUGAGCGUCAAUGUCGCUGUCCUGAAUCGAAUCGCAUGCCCAACAACGUGAUCAUCCAUCAUCACAAUCAUCCGUCGGGAUCUGCAGAUUCCCUGAAGUACAGAAACUACUACGAAAGGGAGAAAAUGCUGCAGCACAAGCGAAUGCUUCUGGGUGAAUUCCAGGACAAGAAGUUCGAGAGUCUGCACAUGAAGAAGCUUAUGCAGAAAUUGGGUGCCGUCUACGAGGAUGACUUGGAUCAUCUGGAUCAGUCGCCGGACUAUAAUGACGCCCUGCCCUACGCGGAGGUGCAGGAUAACGAGUUCCCUCGAGGACCUUCGCACAUGAGGCACUCGGGACAUCGGGGAUUAAAGGAGUCGUCCACUACGUUUAUUGGAGGCUGUCCCAGUAGUUUGGGUGUAGAAGAUGGUCACACUAUUGCCGAUAAGACCAGGCAUUAUAAAAUGUGCCAACCUGUCCAUAAAUUGCCAGUUUGCAAACAUUUCCGCGACUACACUUGGACCCUGACAACGGCAGCCGAGUUGAAUGUCACGGAGCAGAUUGUUCACUGCCGGUGUCCCCGGAACUCGGUGACCUAUCUGACCAAGAGGGAGCCCAUUGGCGAUGGCAGUCCGGGCUACAGAUACCUGUUUGCCUGCUCUCCUCUGACGCGCCUUCGCUGUCAGCGGAAGCAGCCGUGCAAGCUGUUCACGGUGCGAAAGCGUCAGGAGUUCCUCGACGAGGUCAACAUCAACUCGCUGUGCCAGUGCCCCAAAGGACACCGCUGUCCCAGUCAUCACACGCAAUCCGGUGUGAUAGCCGGCGAGAGUUUCCUGGAGGACAACAUACAGACGUACUCCGGUUACUGCAUGGCUAACGAUUGAGGUCAUCGUCGAGGGAUCAUUCCACACAUUAAAAACACAUUGUAAAGGAGGACAGUUUGAGCGGGGGGAGCAGCUACUAUAUUAGAUACCGACUGAGCCAAUUGAGUCUCGCCAAGUUACCAACUAAUUGAGAAAGGAAUAACAAACAAAUACAAGCUUAGAACCUAAAAUGCACUUCCACACACACACACAGAAAACAUUUUAAAGUCUUGAGAGAGCGUGUUUCUUUUGCUACCAAAUUUUGGUCAUAAAACGUAUGAUAUAAAUAUUUAAUUAGUUUUAAGCAUUCGAUAUGCGCGCAGUUUGUUAUACAAAUAAUUUGUAAUGAAUAUUUAUGAAAACAAGAGCAAAACCUGCAACGAAGGAGGCAACAUCCUCCAUUAUGUAAUAUAGCAACAAACUAUACUCGUAAUCUAACCCGCAUAAAUUGUAUAUAUUUUGAUAUGUAUAACUAAAAAGAAACAGUUUCAGUUUUAAUUUAAUCGGAAAUUACGUAACGAGCAACGCAGCAAACGUCAAAGAGCAGGAUGUGCCAAAUGUGCAGAUGAGGUGCAGUUAGUUAUAACGUAAGGAUAUAUGUCAUUGAAUAAUUCAUAGCGCGGGCAGUUCGAAACUGUGGCAACUCUGGCAGCUGUUUUAGUGCAAUUUUUGUGACGUCUUCAAAGUGCUUUCCUCUCUUAAUUCAGCAAUGAGUUUGCAAGGAAAUUGGAUAUUAACUUAGAAUUGCGCAAAGGCUUUUAACUCCAUGUAAACGUAUAGUAACCACCAUGACUCCUCCUCUUCCCUCUAACUUAACUAUGCAUAUGUACAUCGAUUUAAGAAACAAGAUUUUGUUUAUCUAAAAACGAGCAACGAAAUUGAGCGAUGUUUGAGCUUAAACAUUUUGUAAAAAGGCAAAAAUAAAUUUUAAUUUAUGAAAAAA